GUGUCCUUCGAGGCUGGCGCCUCAGUUCGCCGAGAUCCGCGUCUCUCACUCAGCUGAGGCCAUGAAGAGAAAGCUUCAGAAAAAAUACAUCAUCUUGAUUCUAGGAUACUCAGUGGUGUUGCUUUUAAUUCCCUACGUACUAGAUUACCGGAGCAAAUCGUCCCACAUUAAAGAUGGAUAUCAGCAACAAAAGUGUCCCGAUCUGAAGAGCACCAUCGCCCUGUGGAGCAGCACCAGGACGGGCAACUCAACGGAGGUGGAGGACUUCGGCAACAGGAGUCAGUCCAGGACGCACAUAUACCUCCACGCAACCUGGAGGACAGGCUCUUCUUUUUUAGGGGAACUAUUUAAUCAGCAUCCCGAUGUGUUUUAUUUAUACGAGCCCAUGUGGAAUAUGUGGCAAGCGCUUUAUCCCGGAGAUGCGGGCAGUUUACAAGGAGCAGUGAGAGACAUGAUGAACUCUCUGUUUAGAUGCGAUUUCUCAGUGUUAAAACUCUACGCGGGCUCGUCCAACGUAACCACCUCUUUUAUUUUCGGCUGGAAAACCAACAAGGUCAUUUGCUCCGAGCCUCUCUGCAAAGCGUAUAAAAAGCACGAAAUCGGUUUGGUUCAAGGAGACGUGUGUAGCAAAUGCCACCACAGAGAUCUCAAAGAGCUGGAGAAAGAGUGCAAAAAGUACCCUGUGAUGGUCAUCAAAGACGUGCGGGUUUUAGAUUUGGCGGUUCUGGUUCCCCUCAUGCGAGACCCCGCCAUCAACCUCCAGAUAGUCCAGUUGUUUCGCGACCCCCGGGCCGUUCAUAACUCUCGGCUUAAGUCUAAGCUGGCUCUGGUGAAGGAGAGCAUACAGGUGCUGAGGAGCAAGAAGCAGAGCGACAAAUACAAGCGCCUUCUGGUGCCUAGCAACAGAGUCCACCGUGCAGAGAACUACGUCUCGAGCGCGAUGGAGCUAAUAUGCGAUAACUGGCUCAACGACAUGCUGCUCGUCAUGAACGCUCCGCCGUGGGUGAAGCGAAACUACAUGCAGCUGAAAUACGAGGACCUGGUCCUCAGACCCGUGGACGAGCUCCAGAAACUCUAUCGGUUCUCCAACCUUACCCUUUCUCCGGCCUUGGAGAAGUUUGUGAUAAACAUGACCCACGGACAGGGCUAUUCCUCGGAUAAACCUUUCCUCAUAUCAUCCAGAGAUGCCAAGGAGGCUAUUUUCGCCUGGAGGGAAAGGCUGAACGUGGAGCAGGUGAACCAGGUCGAAGCCUACUGCAGCGAGGUCAUGAGACAGCUGGGCUAUCAGAAGAGGAACAUGGACAACACCUAAAACCACCAAAACAUUGCUUUAUGAAGCCUGAUGUGCUGGAGGAACAGGAGGACAGAGGGGGAACAGCCUGAUAUGAAACUACGACACACGGAUGGAGCUGAGGAGCAAUACCCCGAGAGCUCCCUCACAUUGCCGCCACGGGGCGCAGAGUAGACGACAGAAGAGAAACACUCACAAGCCUAUCGACCUCAACUGAUACUGACAAGACUCCUGUAAGGAAAAGACUAAUAAUAACAAAGAGGGGAAACACAUUCAGCAAGAGAGAAUGAAACGGCCUGACAGACAGAUUUCAUCCGCAGUAAUCCCUGCCCAAUCCCCAGCAGCCCAUAAUCAGACACACAGGACCGGGUCCUUACGUGCAGUCGUGCUGUUACACAUGCACCAGGCCCGGAGACAGACAGACAGACAUCCCACUGAGUGUUCAAUUCACUGGGAGGAUUUCAGAAUCAAAACAUUUCUAGGCAUUCAUCAACUAUGUAUGAAAAGAGGAUUAUGCAUUAAGGACAUUCCAGUUUCUGUGGUACUGCCCAAUAAAAACAUGAAUGCACAACUUGUCUGUGAAGCACAAAGUGCAAUUGAGUGAACUGAAGAUCUAUAGAAAUUUAAGGGUGGAGAAAGAAUUUAUAAAAUUCAGAUUUCUCUCCCCUAGGUCUUAACCCUGGUGUGAGAUUUCCCAGUUCCCCCUGGACAUCACCAGUUUGUUCUUUUCAUACGAAGUCUGCACUGGGCUGUGCAGAAUGUGUUCAUUUGUGUAUGAAGAGGAUAGGAUUGCAAUUUGAAUAGUUAAACAGGCAGAACGUCUCAUCUAAAUCUAAAACGCACAAUCAUUCUUUGAGGAUACAGGUGUUUUUGUGCUUUUACUGCUCAACAGCAUUCACACUAUUAUUGCGUUAACAUUGUUUUGUCAUUCUAAACAACAUUUACUCUAAAGUUACGUGAACCGUCAGAAUUAAUUAAUGAAAACAUCUGUUAUUUAUAAAUAAAACUUGAACAUACAUUUUUGUUGUAAACAA